UUGAGAGAACACGAAGUGAGUGAGUGAGUGGAAAAAGAAAAAGUCUGUGCUGGAGACAGAGAGGGGCAGAGAGAGAAGAACAGAGUUGGCUCUGCUACUUUUGUUCGUUGCAGAGGCGCCGCCGUUUUGACUGUCGGUGAGGGUGAUGAUGAUGAUGAUGAUGAUGACGACGACGAUGAUGAUAAUGUGGAGGAGGAAUCGACCAUGCGACAUCGUUGCAACAAACGGGAUGAAAAUUUAGACCCGUCGCAUUCCGUUGCUCCGGCACCGACCGACGGCAGCACGACUCCUCCAAACUUCGACCUGCGCCAUUCAGACCCGGGUGACUGGAUUCUCCCCCCCCCUCCCUUCCCUUCCCUCCCUCCCCAAGAGAGAGUCGGGGCAACUUUUCGCAUCAGAAGCCCCCGUGCUGAAAGAGAAAUACUCCGGCACCAAAGUUUUUGAGCAACGUCGAUGAGUUGAUUUAAAAAAAACAAACAAAAAAAGAAGAAGAAAAAAAAAAAAACAGAACCUCAUGCGAAGUUAGCGGAGGGCUGUUUUAGUUUGUUUGUUUUUUACUUAAGAGCCGAGCUCGUUAUCGGGGCAGGUUCUUUCUAACGAGCCUCUUGUGAGAACAACACCGGAGGAAGGAGUGGGGUGUCACUGCUAACUUGGCUAAAGGCUAGCUAACUAACGUCUAAAGUUGCCAGUCGACGGGGAGAGUGACUGAAGCAUUGCAUCGAAGACGGCAACAAAGAUGAAAACCCCGGCGGACACGGGGUUUGCCUUCCCGGAGUGGGCCUACAAGCCCGAGUCGAGCCCCGGCUCCAGGCAGAUCCAGCUGUGGCACUUCAUCCUUGAGCUGCUGAGGAAAGAAGAGUACCACGACGUCAUUGCCUGGCAGGGAGACUAUGGAGAGUUUGUCAUCAAGGACCCAGAUGAGGUGGCCCGCUUAUGGGGGGCCAGGAAGUGUAAACCACAGAUGAACUACGACAAGCUCAGCCGAGCACUAAGAUACUACUACAACAAGAGGAUCCUCCAUAAGACCAAAGGGAAGAGAUUCACCUACAAGUUCAACUUUAACAAACUAGUGCUUGUCAACUACCCUUUCAUCGACAUGGGCUCAGGUCGAGGAGUCCCUCAGAGUGCACCUCCAGUCCCAACCGGAGGCACCCACUUCCGUUUCCCCCCCUCCACGCCAUCAGAGGUCCUCUCGUCCAGUGAGGAGCUACGGAGUCCGGGCAUGUUCAGCAGCGUGGCCCGUCGUAUUGCUCGAGGCUCUGUCAGCGACUGCAGCGACGGCACCUCCACCAAUUCGGAGCUGGAGGAAGCCGUGGGGGCCGAUGAGCGAGGCGUGGGGGCUGAGAGGGCUUUCAGGGGUCUGCUUCCUCCCCGCCUGUCUCAUGAUUCUCUCUUCAGGGUCUACGGCGGGGCCCCAAACCCAGCAGGGCUCCCCAGACCUGCCCCCAGGGUCCACCCUGAGCCUCUGUCUCCAUUCCCUGUCUCCCCCCUGCCUGGCCCCGGGGGUCUUCUGGCCCCAACUCUGUCCCCAGCCCUGUCCAUGACCCCCACCCCCCACUUGCCCUACACCCCAUCCCCCUCCCUGUCCUCUCCAAUGAUGGGCUCCCACUUUUCUUUCAACCCAGAAGAUAUGAAGCACUACCUGCAGGCCCACACCCAGUCUGUCUACAACUACCACCUCAGCCCCCGAGCUUUCCUCCACUACCCCAACAUCGUCAUCCCUCAGCCCCACCGCCCCACCCUGGAGAAACCGGCCACCCAUCACCUCCACGGCCCGCCCCUUCCACUCUCUCAUUCGCUCAGCCAGCAUCAGGGAGGCGGAGAGGAGGGACAACAGCACCCAUCUCCGUUCAAGUUCAAGCUGCAGCCUCCUCCACUUGGGCGCAAACAGAGGGAAUCAGGAAGCUCAUUGGCUGCUUCUGCUUCCUCCUCUUCCUCCAGCCAGUCCUCUUCAUUCACAGGGUCAGGACAAAUAACCAACUCUGUCCUGGCUGCGGGGCCUCCAAAGAUCAAGGUGGAGCCCAUAUCAGACAUUGAGUCAGAGGAGGAGGUGGAGGUGACUGACAUCAGUGAGGAAGAUGAUCUGAAUCAUAACAACGAGGAUGACGAAGGUGACAUCUUCACCCCGACAGCUCGUCGUUAUCAUCAUCAUCAUCAUCAGCUCAAUAACCAUUACCAGGCUAACGGGAAUGGCAGCAGUCCCUCUGCUCCUCUUCCUCCACACAGUAACCACGAUGAUGAUCCUGACGAUGAUGAGGAGGUCUUCAAGACUCCUGCCACUCCUCCCAUUGGCAGCACCGGCCUGGCCUUCCCUCUGAUCAGCCUGAAGAGCGAGCCGGGUCAGGCAGCUCCCAUCAGCCCCGGAGGCACGCGCUGCAUCCCACUCAAACUCCGCUUCAAACGCCGCUGGAGCGAAGACCAGAAAAUGGAGGCGGAUGGAGAGAGGGACGAAGCGGAGGACAAGAAAGUGAGGGCUGAGGGAGAGGAGGAGGUGGAGGGGAAGACAGAGGAGGCAGGGAGGAGAGGAGGGGAGGUGGAAAAUGGGGGAGGAAGGGGAGGAGCAGGAGGAGGAGGUGGUGGUGUUAUUUUGGGGUUGAUGCUGCCACCGGCUCCCACCCAGCGUAGAGCGAGCUCGGAGCUGCAGAGGGCUACAGCGCAGCUGUCUCUGGAAAACACUGGCUGCUGAGCAUCAUGCGUGCACACACACAGGGGAUCCUGCUUAGAUACAAAACACCCACCUCUGGGAGUCUUGUUAACAAGUUCAAUAGUUUUAUGUAGACCAUAAUGCCUUGUGGGUUCUCGUCUGCAGUAGUGACCGUACAGAAAAAGGGAGACGGAAACUGAAAGGCUAUUACAUAAACACACUUUCAUGUUCGUCAGUGUAUAACCGAAUAUGUACAUCUAUCCUAUGUAGGAAAUUGUUUUUUGUGCAAUAAUUAAAGGAGUUGUUGGGCACUUUUUACUGACCUCACAGCCCCGCGGGCUCCUUAAAUUACUUAACAGAGACAAAAUAUUUUCCUACAUAGGUUCCAUCUACAUGUUCACGAGAAAGUAAAAGAACGGGAUGAAUGUGUCAUAACCUAUUUACCUUUCGGGUUUUCUCACUGCCUUUGCAGUAUCGGUAACUUUGAUGCCUUGACCGCCAACGGUCAGCACUGUCAGUGGCUGCCAGGCGUUAUGAUCCAUGUAAAACCUUAAAAUAUAGAUGUGCCUGUGUAGCCUCUAAUGUACUGCAAGGCAAGACACCUUUGUGUGCCCCUGGUACCUUAAAUAACACACACACAGCAGUGUUUCUGCUCUGACUUACAACACUAAGAGAGAGCCAAACGUAGUCUGUAUAUUGACUUCUGUUCUGUUUUUAAAAUUAGAACCCUACCGAGAGGGAGCCUACUCUUAAUAUCUCUUAGGAAUUGCACACUGCCUCCUCGAUGCCUCCUCGUCCUCAUAGUGCCAGUUACGCCAGUAAGUCUGCCAGGGAUCAUUGCACAUCACACCUAUGCCCAGGUUACGCCUCUAAUGGGAUUUAAUGGGUCUAUUUGUUUGUCUGGUAUAGUGAAAGGAAUCACAUCCUUCUCUUUUAAAGAGUACCUAGGCAGCCCGAAUUGUACAGCAGCAGUAGAUAGAAUGAAUUUCUCACUCACCUCUGGCUCACUUGAAGGUGGGGAACCCUUUUCAUGACGUUCCGCUCCUCUUUCUCCUCCUUUGUAUUCACCGUAACGGACAGAUCCUGAUGUUACUAAAAAACACUUUCGACAGCCCUGUUAGAGAUUACAGAAGUGCCUCUGUGUCUGCACCAAUCACCAUGCAGUCGUUUACAAGAUGGAGGGCAGUGAGCCAAAAAAAAAUUAAAAAAAAAAAAAAAAAGAAACUGAGACCUCGCGCCGAUGGAUCUUACAGACUGAAGUGGGGUUUUUUUUUCCUUUCAAGAGGUGAUUAGAAUGAACUCCACCAAUCACAGUCUUUUCUCCAGGAAACAACUCGGGCACUCAGCCUGCAUCGGGGCCAGACCGAGCGGUCUCUUCAUCCUCAGCUCAUUCACUACAGCGUAUAAAGACAUGAGAUGAGGAUGGAUCUGUACAUCUUGAGGGCGGACAAACUAACCCUGAGGAGGAGAGGUAGAUUUUGAUGAACUGACGUUGACAUCUCAACCUCUGACCUGUCCCACGUACGGACGGCAUCGAAAGACGUUCAUUAGCCAGCGAGCGGGCGCGGUUCCCACUGUACAGAAAAACCACCUGGGCAUCGUUGGAAAGUCGCCUUUUCUCUUCACUUGUUGAGGAAAUGAGGAAGCAGCUCCGGGCAAAGGCUAUAAUUACAGACACACUUUCUGAAUGUGUGCGUGGAUCCAAAGCUGGUGGUUUUUGUUUUGUUUUUUAAAAAACAAAAAAAACAUCAGGCCUUGAGGAGACAGACGGUGUGUCAGCUUUUCCUGUCCCUGCGUGACUUCGCACAGUCUUUGAGGGGCUGGAGGCCACUCGUAGUGUUUCCUCCCUCAAACAUACAGAUCAGCAGCUCUUUUCUGCAUUCCCCCCGUUUAUUUUUUAAAAGACUGUAUUCUUUCUGUCAAAGGACGCCUGUGCCUCCUAAAGACAUGGACAGUAUUUUAGGGCAUUUGCAGUGAUCUGAGUACUUUCUGUAGUUUGGAGAUAACAGCCGAAUCUGUCGAGGUGCUGUUUUGGGAAGCGAAGAUUGAAGCAAACUGAUUUGUGGAGGGGAGAAUGGGAACCAUGUAAUGAAUGUCAAGCAUCAAGGUUAACUCAGGCAAACCUUCACUGAGAUAUUGAGAAACAACUUAUUUUUAUGACGUUUUAUUCAUAUAGUUUAAAAAAAAAAAAAAAAAAAAAAAAA